AUGGAGAGGGAGCUGUCCGCGUUGCGCCUAAGCGAGGGAGAGCCGGUGCAACCCAUCCUGGACAAGAUGCGUGAUCUCUACGCGAAGCUGGCGAUCGCGGGAAUCACCUACCUGGAGCAGACCAAGUGCCUGAAGAUGCUCUCCCUGCUGCCGGAAUCGUGGCUUCAAUUCACGAGCGGAUUGAGCCUGCCGCAGAACCAGAGCUUGUGGACGCUCGAGUGGAAUCGUCACCAGGAUGGCGGCGCGCGGAGGAACCAGAAAAACGGCGCCAACAUGGUCGCUGAUUCGUCCGACAACAACCGGAAGGCCAACGGCGGUGCGGAAAAGAAGAAGGAGCGCACCGCGGGCCAAUUCUUCCAUAUGGGAGACAAGGGGGAGCAAGGAGACGCAUCUGCUAAGGCUGGAGCAGAGCUGCACCCCCUGGAUUAUUGGGUGUUGGACACAGGCGCUGCUUGGACAAUGACGCCGCGCAAGGACCUGCUGGACGACGUACGAGCUGCUCCGAUCAACGAGGUGUGCUCCGCCUCUGGACACGCGCUGAAGGUGGCUGGUGCGGGACGAGCUGCGUUUAAGGGAGCGGAUGGCAAGCCGGUGGUGUUGCACGACGUUCUUCUUGUUCCUGAACUUAAGGCCAACCUCAUCUCCCUCCGUAAGCUUGGCAAGUCUUGGGUGAGCACUAGCACGGAUGGGGCACGCACUUACAAGGGGAAGCUGGGCAAUCGGGUGCUUUGGGAUCUGCACGAGAGCAAGGACGUGUAUAGAUCUAUGUGGCAGCUGCCGGCGUUGGCGUGGCAUGGUGGGGGGCAGGUUGGAGAGGGGUCUGCAUCCCAGGGGGAGUGCAACGCCGUUAGAGGGGUUGGUGUCAAAGUGUCGGCCAGGUCUUGGGAGACGGAUUGGGCAACUGCACACCGACGCUUGGGGCAUGUGGCAAUGCCUUUGCUGAAGCAGCUGGAGAAGGAUGGAGCCGAGCAAGAAGCCUUUGGAGCUGGUCACAUGGACUUGGUGGGGCCGCUGCCGGUGCAAGGGCACAAGGGGGAGCGGUACUUCCUAACCAUAGUGGAUGACUGGAGCAGGCUAAUGUGGGUGUAUCCGCUGAAGCAGAAAGAUCACGCCGCCUCCACGAUUCGGGACGAUUGGCUGCCGUUCGUGGAGAAGCAAGCGGAGUGUGUGGUGAAGCGGAUUAGGACAGAUCGGGGUGGUGAGUUCCUUGGAGCUGAGAUAACGGCCUGGCUCAAGAAGCAGGGCAUCCAGAGGGAGCUGACCACGGCUUACACCCCACAGUCCAACGGUGUAGCAGAACGGGCGAACCGGACAAUUCUGGAGACAGCUAGGGCGCUGCUCAUAGAAUCUGGGCUGGGCAACUUGAUAUGGCCCCAUGCUGUUCGGCACGCUACCGUCGCUAGAAACAGGGUACUCACAAAGGUUGGGGAUGACUCGUGGGUGCCGUUGGAGAGGUGGCUUGGGAGGAAGCCGCCGGUGGACAUGCUGAGGGUGUUCGGUUGCAUGGCAGUCGCCCAUGUUCCCAAGACCUACCGCAGUAAGUUGGGGGCGAGUGCAAUCUGGUGUGUGCAUUUGGGGCUGGCUGCUGAGAGCAAGGGAUGGCUGCUGUGGGAGCCUUCCAAGGGUGUGUUGUUUGACAGCAGGGAUGUGAAGUUUGUUGAGGGCAUGAUGUAUGGGAGCUGGGAGAAACAGCCUGAGGCCAGGGUGUCCCAGCAAAUGGAGCAAAUCACCAUGCAGCUGGACCUGACUCCUAGUGUGUGGGAGGAGGGAGAGGAGGCAGCUGCAGAGGGUGGUGAUGGAAAGAAGGUACAGGAGGCACCUGCUGGUGGAGAAAAUGAUGUGGAGACUGACACUAGUGGAGCUGCUGGAUCUGAGGGGAAAGAGCAGCAGCAGGGGAAAACUAAGAAGCCGAAGGGUGUCGUUAUGAAGGGAUGGGAGUCACCCGUUUCCAGGCCAGGACGUACCCGUAUGGCUACUAAGAAGCUGACUGCAGGAGCUGAUGUAGCGGAGCAGCAGCUUGGGACUGAGGAGGCAUUGCUGAUUCUACCGCAUGGCUAUGACCCAGAUGAGGAGGAUGAGCCUGCGUACUGUUUUCUUGCCCCUGCACCAGAGGAACCAGCUAGCAUGGAGGAGGCAUUAGCUGGACCACAUAGGGACAAAUGGCUAGCUUCUAGGGAUGCUGAGUACCAGAGCCUGCUGGAGAAUGGGACUUGGGAACUAGUGGUGCUGCCUGAGGGAAAAAAAGCGGUACAAUGCAAGUGGGUGCUAAGGAUCAAGACUGACGACAAGGGGCAGGUCACCAUCUACAAGAGUAGGUUGGUGGCUAAGGGGUUUAUGCAGAAGGAGAAGCGGGACUUCAAUGAGAUCUUUGCUCCCACUGCCAAACCCCCUACCCUUCGUGUCUUGUUGGCAGAUGCAGCCGUUAGUGGGAAGUUCAUUAUCUAG